GCUAUGGCUGCACACAAUUUGGCCCUUUCCAUGGGCCUCCCGUCUCCCACGCUCACGAACCCCGAUCUCAUCCUGCCCGAGGCGACGACGCGCAGCUUUUCUCCUGGGCCGUAUGCCCAGCGACCACCUUCUCCCUCCUCGCUGCUAUACUACCCGGCGCAAACUGUUAAGCUCAGCGCUCUGCCAGCUCGUCGGGGCCCCAACCCGCGAAUGAUGUCGCCUCCCGUGACGGCGCGCUCGUCCGUCAGCACCCUUCCGAACAUUGCUGAAGUCGAGGCGACGCCGAAGCAGCGCAGCCCGCGCGACCAGGUCCUGGCCUCGUCGCCCACCAUCCGAGACUCCAUCUUAGGAAACAUGGACAACUGGGAUGCAUAUAAAACAAGGAGGCUGAGCAAUGCCUCGAGCUCUGUUCACAGUGAAGACUUGGAGAACAUGAAGUGGCCGGGGUUCGAAGGUACCUUCGACGACAGCGGGGUGGUGCUGGACGAGGACGAGGAGCACCAGGGGGACGCACACAAGCCAGCGCCAGGCGACGAGGAGCUGGACAAUGACCCAUGGUCAGACGAGCAAGACGAGAACGAUGAUGACCCCUACUCCUCGGCCGCCUUGAGCAGAAGAGCGGAAAUAAUACUGGCGAACGCGAAAAAGAGGCUGAAUGUGUGCGCCAGACACUCUCUCAUGGCAACACCGCCACCGUCAUCUUUCAACACCGCGAAGAUGGCGUCGGAGCUUUCGCAGCACCUCUCGGCUGCCAGAGACCGAGACCGACAACUGUACGGGGGCCUUGGGUUCAUCCCACCCCGGCAACGGCCAUAUCACUCCUCUCCCCUCUCCACCGGCAGUCCGAAACAUUCACGCGUCUUCAGCGAGACGUCGGUCCCAUCUCCGAUUUCUGCCAGAGUCGCAAACAAAGCAAACGGAACUGAUAGACGCUCAUCAAGUGCACUGGGUCCCACAAGCGGGCCAUGGUCACCAGUCGACGGGUAUUAUGGGGGCCACCCCUCGAUCAGGGAGACGAAGAGCCAGGAGGUUAUGCGCGACCACCGGAACGGUUGGACUAACGAGGGCGACCACCCCUUGCGCAAACAUUCAGGGUCGCCUACUCUCGAACCCUUGCCUGAAAAUGACCCGCCUGAGAUGCCGAAGCUGCACCGGUCCGCAUCAACUACUAGCGACCUCAGGGUUCAGAUGAAUGAACUAAAGGGAAAGAUAUCUACGUUAAAGCAGCGGGCGCGGGAAGAUGGUCUACGACGCCGUAGCUUGCAGAGCCUGCGAACUCCCAGCCCCUUUACUGCUGCUGAAAUAUGGUACUCCGGAGCUGAUGGAUAUAAGAGUAGCCCCAUUUCUGCGGACGCCGGAGUCGGCUUCAAGGAAGAGCCUGUGCAUGCCACAAGAGAGCUGUACGAUGAAGACACCAACACUUCAUCCACCCCAAAGACCAUUCCCUUAGACCUACAUCUAGGUGACCAGUCCGGCGAGCAUAGGGUGCUUAAAGGUGAGGGUCACAGCGAAUAUCAAGAAAGCAACUACGAGGACGCAGAAGAGAUUCCCAGAGAGUACGAGGGACUACCGGUUGAGGAGGGCGACCUCGAUGACAUUGAUUUCGUGUCAGUCGAUAACGACGAUAUGGCUGAGAGCAUAUACGAAGACGCAGCGUACGACGUCCCUGUUGCGGCGCGCCACGAAGAUCGUCUGGACGCUUUCGACUAUGAACACUUCUUCCUGCACAGUGCCAUGGGGACAUACAGCUCCGGCAGUCGGCGAUCUAGCUCAAGUUCUGCGGGCUCUGCAGAUUCUGCCGAGACCACCAGGCCGAUCACGGCAAUUAUUGAACCUGCGGACCUGCAAUCCACGCCGAGGCAAUCGCGCCCUGGACUGCACCAGCGCAACGACAGCGCUUCUUCAGUCUCUACAAUGGCGACAUUUGCGACAGCUACCGAAGGAAACGGGUCUGACGAUGGGUCUGAUGAUGCCAACGAACGACUGGACGAGUUCUCCCAGCGAGUAUUGGCGCAGCCAGCGCAACUGAAUGGCAUCCACCACGUCGCGGACAAGGAUCGGCCAGAGUCAGCUAUCAACUUCUCGACCCCACGUGGCUCGCACUAUGCCAAGGAGUCAUCCGACUUGUCGAGCCAGAACUCGCGGGGGUCGUCUCCAGGGGCAGACAUCGUCGGGGGACUACGGGCAUCGAAGAUUUUCUCAAUCUUGUUGGAGUCGUCGUCGACAGAAGGCCGACGGUUGUCUCUCAACGAGCACGAGAAGCAGCUGAUAUACGGACUGGCAGCAAGCUUGCAGCAGGUGUGCACCAAUCUGCAGAGCACAGACGGGGACCAGUACGAGCGCAAGGCAUGGCGCCGCCGCCUCGACGAGGCACGGAAAGUGCUCGAGGGGGAGGAGGGCGACGAGGCAUUCUGAUAGCACAGCGUAGUGAGCUACUAUCCUUUCAUUUGUUGGUUUGUAUCUGUUUCCCCUGUCUGCUGCGGUUUAGCGAUCUUGAUUCUACCGACUAAAAGACCACGGUCGUGCUAAUUGUAAUCUCAUUCCGUCUUCUGCUUCUACAUAUGCUUUCCUUGCCUAUAUCUCGGUUCAGCGGAGAGUUCGGAGUGGUUUCGUGGCUUCUCGGAGCAUCAAUGGAGCAUCAGAUACCCUGCGGGACGACUUUACGGAGGGAGCGCUGGCUCCCGGACCUUCUGUAUACAUAUUAUAUACCCACCAUAGACACACCAAGCAUUAGGAUUAGAGCGU